UGAGCAUAAAUCGCCUACAAUCACUAGUGCAAUGUAGUUUCGUUUCCCUGCAAUUCAUUAGUUUCGUUUCCCUUACGUAGGUCUUUACACGUGACCUGCAAAAGUAUGAGGAUCAGGAAGAGGAUUAUCUUGCGAUAAUUAUCUUUUUAUCUGUGUAACAUUUUUAAACCUCACAGUUUCCGAAGAGAAGUGAGUCUCCGUUCUCUUGUUUGGAACCAAAAAUAAAUGUGCACACUGUGAAAUAAAAGUUGAAAGGUUCGCUACACGAAAGUGCUAAAUUUAACCAGGCACAAUGACAGAAGAUUCUUCUGCUGACGUGGAUUUCUCUGGAGCUUUGCUGAGAUUGGGUGAAAGUGACCCAAAUGCAGCUGCUGUGAAGGCUAAAGAAGAACUGGACAGUCUUGACAGUGUGACUCUGAAUAUCGCUGUGACUGGGGAAGCAGGAGCAGGAAAGUCUUCAUUCAUUAAUGCGCUUCGAGAUCUGAGUGAUGAAGAUGACAACUCCGCACCAACUGGAUUGACUGAAACCACAAAGGAAGCUACCAUGUACACCCAUCCCACAAAGCCAAAUGUUAGACUGUGGGACCUACCAGGAAUUGGCACGCCAAAUUUCAAAGCGAACAAAUACCUCAAAGACGUAAAAUUUGAAACGUACGAUUUUUUUAUCAUCAUUUCCUCAGAGAGGUUCAAGGAGAAUGAUGUGUAUCUGGCCAAGGAGAUUCAAAAAAAGCAGAAGAGGUUUUAUUUUGUCCGAAACAAGAUUGAUAAUGACAUUCGCUCAGCAGCAAAUGGAAAAAUCAACGAGCAGCAGCUGCUUUGCACGAUCAGGGAAGACUGCUACAGAAAUCUGAAGGAGGUAGGAAAUCCUAAAGUGUUCUUGAUUUCCUCUUUUGACUUGGGGAAGUAUGACUUUGAAAAUCUGGUUGGUACCCUAGAGUCAGAGCUUUCAGAUCACAAGGGAUUUGCUCUGGUUCAGUCCUUGCCUGUGUACUCUCUGGCUAUGCUAGAGAAAAAGAAAGCGCUUCUGGAGAAGUUCAGUUGGCUUGCAGCAUUAGCCUCAAGUGCAUGUACUUUAGUUCCCAACCAAAUAAUGUCUCUGAUCGCAGACAACGCAAUACUGAUAGCGUAUCUCAUAGGCUGUCAUUACGUUUUGGGUUUGAAUGAGAAAUCGCUCAAACAGCUGUCAGAGAGAACGAACAAGCCUGUCUCCCAGUUGAAAUUGGCUAUAAAGUCACCUGUGUCACUGGCAGUGCUAGACAGAAUGAGGAUUAGUCCUAUGGCAAAACCAGUGAAAAGUUUAGAGGAUCUGCUUGAUAGUAAAAAUCUUGCAGCCAAUGUUCGGAACGCAAAAGAUGCCUUCACAAAUAGUCACACCAACUUGAUUAGAGCUCUAAAUGAAAUGAUCAAAGACAUGAGACAAGUUCUUCAAGUAGCAGGUUUGGACAAAUAAAAUCAUGCUAAUGAACAAUGUUUACAAAACUGUUUUUCUGUGUGUGUGUGGACAUUUGACCAUCAUAACUAAGUUUAUUGGGAACUGUGUGUACUGAGUGGCACUGGAAGGUGAUUUCUUUAACCUCUUGAAGCCCAAGGUGUUUUUUUACAUGCAUUUUUUAUUUCUCUUUGCUAUUUGGGCUUAUUGGAACCUAAUUACAAUAAAAAUCUAUGUAUCAUCUUUUGAUACGAUGUACUUUUAGAGAAAAAUGAUGUCCAUAUAUGUGGACUCGUUGUCCGAAUUUACAUAAAACACUUUUUCCUGAAUGUUUUUUAAUGCAUAUAUAACAUAGACAUUUCUUUUUUUAACUUGCUUUGACUAUCAGAGAGUAAAAACAACCUUUUUUCCCAUUUUGGACAGUUAAAAAUAGUGUUUGGGACAUUUCAUAUGCAGCAAAACAGUUGCAGGAUGACACUGCAUGUCUGUAACAAAAUAUAAAACAUUCAAAGUAUUUUAAAUAGCCACUUAAGAGCUAAAAUGUGCUGUCCACAUAUGUGGACACUCAAGCCCUUGGAGGUUAAGAAAAAUGGUCGAAAUGAGAAAGUUAAACUGAAAACUGAAAACUAAACUGGUAAAAACGUGACUGUAUACUUUUCAAGAAUAUGUGGUUAGUUCAAGAAAUUUUGAUUACCCAUAUUAUUUUUAUUGUACACUUGUAAACUUCAUAUGCUUACCUUAUUUUAGAAUGCAUACAAGAGUUAUAGGCCAAGGGUCGUAAUCUUUACCAUCUUGUAAACAAUGAAUUUCAUAUUCUUUUUUAUCAUUAUUAUUUGUGUGAAUUGUUUUCUACAUAUUUUCAGUGCAAUUAUACACAUUGGAUCAAAUGAUAAUAAAUGCCAUAGUGGCAGGUGUUGAUUUUCAGGAUGUUCUAGUUUAGAUGAUUAUAUGUGAAUAGCGUAGACAAUGGUAUUUUUGUUUUUGUUUGUACAGUAUGUGUGUGGUGUGUGGUUUAUAUUAAA